AUGGCUAUGUACGGUGACCUGACUGAAGUCAAACACCAAGACCGUGGUAUGCAAGGCCAUCGCUGGAAGGUUGAAUGGUCUGGCACACCUCAGCCUGUUCAAAUUGAACUGAAGUGUCUACGGGCUGUGAAGGAUAAAUUGCCUAAAGGACAGUUCAUCCUCAGAAUUUCGUUGUACAGCCGACUUGGGGGCUAUCCACUUCGAUGGUCGAACUCGAAGGAUGACAACUGGACAGGGACAACCCAACCGGUCCAUCAUGAUGGGAACUUUUAUAAUGUGGAGCUAAGUUUCAACCAGAGCAUUGCUGCGGUUUUACCUUCUCGAAAUGAUCUUCAACCAGGAAUGGUCCUAGUCUUUGAGCUCUUUCUGCUCCAUGGAAUUAGCACAAGUAUUGAACGGCCAGUGGGAUGGGGUGCGUUUCCCAUCUGCAACAACCAGUUGGAGAUUUUGCAAGGAAAAUACAAAUGUCCCCUUUUAAGGGGCCACAAGGACUCCAAAAUAGAUGAAUUCCGAAAAAUUGAAAACCUUAUAUCAUCAGAUAUAGAUCACUGGCUGAGUAACCUCUAUUUUCAGAUAAUAAAGCUCCCCAAAUCUCUUCUUGGGCAAAAAGAAUAUGUCGUGGAACUCCAGCUACCUCCAUACUUUGGCAACUUGCCUGAAUGUUCUUAUGACUCUGGGAGGAAUGAGACCAAUAAGAACACAACGGACACCAACUCAGACCUGAAGGAAUCGGCAACAAGCAAUGGUUUUCAUAUGGAUGGGAAAGAGAAAGCGAAUUUGAACCUUAAAGCUCAGGAGUCCUGUGGAAGUAACAUUGACUCUGAGGAGAAAUUUAAUAAGUUGACUGCAGCAAAUGACAAGAGUGGAAUAUUCUUCCAGGCUAUUCCUCAUAAUCGGCUUGAAUUCCAUACCGAAGCUAAAUGUCAGAGUCCUGUUGAGAAAGACAGAUUUCCACAGGUGCUCCCGUACCUGGAGGACCAGGAUCAAUACCGAUUCUCUGUCUUGUCAGAAUCUUCCCCUGACAAAGCAACGGAAACUCUUGCCAUGCGUACCUGGUUUGUGGGUCGGAUGUUCCUGGAAGAAUUUGGAAUUUCAUGUUGGUGCUCGUCAGAGGUCUUGCUCAUUCUGCUGCUCCUAACUUUGAACUGGUUUCUGCGGCUUUACCUGCACUACUGCAGCCAGUGGCUCUGUCUCCAGGCAAUUGGUGUCCCUGUCAACAAGUUCCAUUUUUAUCCACACACAGUCGAACUCAGCUACCAGAAUUCUCUGCUGCAUACUUGGGAGGAGUUGACCAUUGUAGCCCUGGGACCUCUGACCUUGAAUGUAGCUAUGCUUGUUAUGGCUAUGAUCAGAUGGCUCUGUCAUAUAUUAUUUGGCUCAUUCCCUUCCUUCUUGUCAAGGUUUAUCUUGGCAAUGGGAGUUUGGACAGUGCUUGACCCUCUGGCAAUGUUUAUAGUAGAUGGCAUCCUGGGGCGCCUGGCUUACAGCACAGAUAGUCCAAUAGCAGAUGCAGCCAAGCUUUACUGGCUGUUUUACAGAAUGCAACAUUCUGGGAUCCCUGGCAUACUUAUUACAGUCAUCUUGUACAUUGUGAUGUUCGUUAGCUCCCUUGCAAUACUCUGUUUCUAUUUCUUAAGGCUGCACAAUAGAGGGAGGCUUCUAGAUAUCUUCUACCGACUGCACAGCACUGAGGAGAGAUUUUUUGUUCCUCUGGAUUUGGAGCUGUCAAAUCAAGAGCUGAACUACAUCAUGAAAAAGGCGGAGCAAUGGAGGGGGAUCAAUGGUGAAAGAAGGAAGGUGGCAGUGUAUGACUACAUCUGGAAUGAUGAGCACAUCACACACCCGUCCUGUAGCUGUGCAUCCCAGGAGGGCAAUCAAACCUCUGGAUCAGAGGCUGGCUGCGGAGAGAUCACCACUCAUGUGUCUAUCUACAUCAUACACCUCAGUGGCUUGCAAGAGCUGUACAGACAUUUCCUUCGGCUGCCUGAUGGUGCCAUUGUUGAGGUGUUUGGCGCUAUUAGUAGCACAAAUCCUGCACGCAGUGAGGUACAUACACUGAUACAGAGGCAGGUGAACAAUGUGGACAAUGUGUUGCAAUCCUCUGCUUCAUCUAAACUCCGAGAAAAACAGCGGAAGAUAUUGCUGAUCACAGAGCUUUCUCUGUGUACCCUCUGGAAGAAGAAAUGUGAACACGUCUUAUCCUGCUCCACAGAGUGGACUCUGGAUGGGAAGAUUAUCCUGGAGGCACCCAAGGAAAAGAGCAAGGCCAGUUAUUUCUUUAAGGAAGAAAAUGGCUUAAUGUUCAUUUUCUCACCAGUGUACUAAAGUCUCCAAGAGGGUUUCUUAGAUCUUUAACCUUUCUAAUCCUGUUUGUGUCCCUCAGUGUUUUCUGUGAUUAACAGUUUAAAAUGGUCAGCUUCCACAUUCACCUACUUCCCCAGGAGAAGGAACAUGCAACUAAGGAUGGAAAAUGGACCAAAUGCUAUAGGAAAUGAAACUGGAAAAUAUCUGGGACAAUGCCCAAAGUGGAUAGAGCCAGUGUCAACUUGAUGGGUGAAUUGACGGUUUUUGGCAGAAUAUUUGGUGAGCAGUAGCUUUUCUAGGAACAGUGAAAGAUGGACCUAGAAUCAGACAGGAGGAUCAUCAUAACUUUGGUAAGAUACGGUCAGAAAUUUUACUAGGCCUCAUGACAUUUAACCGUACAAAAAAAAACCCGACAAACAUGACAUGUAAGGUUCAGCCCAUUAUGUAUUAGUCUAACAAUACCAUGAAUAUUGUAGCUGACAGCAGGUGAAAAAUAGUGAUCCAGAAAAUCUCUGUCAUUUCCCAAAAGCUUUGAGUAGGCUGCAAGCAGAAACAUGGCAGAAAUUGGAGGUUUGCUGGACACGCCAGCACACUGGGCCUCAUUGUGAGAUGAUCAAUUGGUCAGGAUACUGCUAGAAGCAAUGGGUGACUGGGAGGCUCAGAUCUUCAUCAUGCAGCAUUUCAAUGAAGAGGGAACUACUGCUUGGAAAAAGAGAUGUUCGUUUGAUUAACCUACCUGACUCAUGUCACAGAUACAUUCCUCAUCUUAAACCAGAGUUCAUGAAAACUAUUUCCUGAUAAGAAUUAAGAAUAAUGGGUGGAAACUCAGAGUCUUUUGUGGUACAGUUUUACCAUUGCUUCUGCGGUUGACUUCUUCUAAGACACGGUUUAAUAUAACAUCACUUCAGAGACAGGAAAUAUAAAGGCUGACAACAUUUAAAUAAUGCUAGGGGUUGAAGGAUGAGGAACUUGCCUAUUAUAUUCUCUGUAGUGACUUAAAGAAUCAAGUGCAGAUGCCAAGUGAAACUUCCAUCCUUGCCAGAAGUUCUGGUUUUGGAAGUUCUGGAGUUAUAUUUAAAGAGCACCAAGCUCUCCCUUCACUUGCUGCAGCAGGCGUUCCACAACAGGCUGUGAUUGUCACACCACCCCCUACCUCCCACAAGCACCAGAAGGUAGCACCCUUCAUGGAUGCUUUACUUGAACACUCUGUUCCAAAACGUCCAGGCCAGAAAUUAGGACCACUUCCUCUCUGCUGGUUGAAGAAGAUCUCCCAAGCAACAUUAGGCCUGGGUUGCACACACUCUCAACGGCUCUAAAAGGUAUAACAAUAUUUCAGGAAGGCGUUUGAUAAGGUUCCACAUCGAAGGUUAUCACGGAAAAUAGCAGCUCUUGGUGUAGUGGGCAACACUUAAGCAUGGAUAGCAGAUUGGUUGGCUGGCAGAAAAUAGAGAAUAUGCAUCAAUGUGCCUUUGUUAGAUUGGCCCAGAAUAUUGUAACCCCCUGUAUACCUCUGUUUGUGGAAUACUCACUGUGUUUUGCUACAGGAGUGCACAUUUAAUACAAAGUCUAGAUGUAUCUCAGCUUGGCUUCCUGUUUUUGUAACCACACAUAAGCACAUGGAAGGAAAGCUUUGCAAACAUUAGUGCAAAAUGAAAACUUUUUCGAUUUAGAAGCUAUGUUGAAUAGAGCACACAGCUUUCCCAGCCAGCUGGUACAUACCAAAAACAGCAAAAGAAACAUGUCCAUGUAGCUCCGACCCCCAAGAGCGAGAAACAGGUUGCAAACUUGACUGUAGUUAAUUCCUCACGAUAGUGCUUUAAUCCACAUGGGUAAAGCUUAUCUUCUCUUGUCAAUUAAUCCUUUCAGGCACUAACCACCUUCUACAAUGUCUCUUCACCACCCUCAAAAAACAAUUUUUUCUUGGUUUUUAAACAAUUUACAAAAUUAUUUCAACAAAAAAACUACCACAUCUCCCCCAAGUCUCAAUCUUUAAAAUUGGCAGACGACUUGUUUGUACUGUAAGCCUGCUGCUUGAGGCAAAAUAUUAAGGUAGAGAUCAUUGCUUA